AUGCUGAGCUCCUCCGACUCGCACCGCCGCCGCAAGAAGGAGAAAGACGCCGACCGCGAGCGCAGCGACCGUGACCGCAGCGACCGUGACCGCACCAGCCCACGAAGCAAGGACGACAGGGAACGGGACCGCGAGCAGCGCCAUAAGAGCACCAAACCCCGCAAGACUCGCUCGUCCGCAUCCAAGGAGGACGACGCUGAGCACGACCGCCUCCGCGAGCGUUCCUCGACGGAGCGCAUCAGCCGCACCUCGUCCUCAUCCCAGACGUCCAAGUCACACAAGAUGGCCGUCGUACCGGAGAUGACCCGGCGCAGCUCGCUGGGCUCUGCCAACAACUCCAGAAUCAGCUUGCCGUAUCCCUCUGUCGACAAGACAUACAGCAAAGAGAGCAUCUAUGCCAGAGACGACGUGGACAGGAAGAAGGCCACCAUGACCCCGGACCCCACCGACGUCGACGGUUCGCAGGAUGAGAAGAAGAAGAAGAAGAAGAAGGAAGGGUCCCCAACUGUGCCACCGACUCCCACACGAGCACCUCCUCCUCCUCCACCGCCAGCAUCGCCGACACUGCACCGGGAGAUGGAGUCAGGCAGACGCAGCGUGGACAACUCUACCCGUGUCUCGACUCCUUCGGGGCAGCGGCACACGGCAUCACGUUCGAGCAUUAGAGAGCAAGACUCCAUGACCGACUUGACAUCCACAACAGGAUCCCAACCUAGCACAGUGCGCGCGAAGUCGCCCAGGGCAAAGUCACCCCAUGCAGUCCCUACAAGGACGAAGACAGCAAGCCCGGCAGCCGGCCGUACCCACAAGAGCUCAAGCUCGAAGACAUACAAGACGAAGACCAAGCCCAGAGGCUCGUCUGAACUAACCCUCGACUCUGAGAACACAUCCAUACCUCUCUAUCGUGCCCGUCGAACACGGUCGCCGGCAUACUCAGAUGCCUCGCCGGCGUCUGUGGUCGAUUCAUCUCCGCGUACACCCACACAGCAUUCUGUGCUCCCUUCUGUCAUUUUCGACGACAAAGAUAGGCCAGCCACGGUCGAAAUUCUGGACCCCGUCUCUCGUGAAUCAUCAGUCAACCCUGGCUAUGGAUCGCCAAUGCCACCACCGCCACCGCCUCCUCCUCCACCGCCGCCGCCGCCACCACCGCCAGCAAUGAUGGGAGACCCACCCCGCGUAGACUAUCUUCUUCAAAACGGUGGUUUGCCUCGCCCGAUUCCACGAAGCUUGUUAGGUGCUAUAGAGGGCGCAUCGGUGCCUGCAUACUCGUCAUAUAUGUCACCUACGACAAGUGGUGCGCAAGGCCACGAUGUUCGAACGUUGUUUCGGCCGCUUGAAAACGUGCUGAACAACUACAAUACCGUCAUUGACACAAACGGAUCUCUUGCGGUGGCGACUGGAUAUCGAUCAGUAGCCCGCCGUUUACUCGAUCGCCUCGAAAACGUAUUCGCUCGCAACAUUUCCUCAGAGCACUGCCAGUGUUUGAUGUGCUUUGAUCAGCCAAUACCGGAGGAUAGCCCCGGCGUCAACUGGGGUGAGAUUUUAGAGCUCGUUUCCGGACGUUGUGAGCUACCAACAUGGCCACCAUACAAUGAUCCGGUUGCGCCUGGCCUGGGCAUCUCAGAGCUUGGAGAGCCUUGUCAGCAGAUCGACGUUGAUGUACCGGAUCAGUAUCGAGCCCACUAUGAGAAACAAGCAAAGAAGACAAAGUCAUCAGUCCAGUCGUGGCUGACGGAUCAACAAGACAACUCUCCAGAGGACGCUGACGAUGAAACCUUGUCUUUCAUUAUGCUUACCCGGCUGGAUCAGCCACAGCGUCCGCUGUUCUAUGCGCUUCUCUGGGGCCUUGAGAAACUCCCUAGCCCCCGCACACAGAAGCCUGAUACAGGCACACCGUCGUACUUGGCGAAAGCUGGUCUUGCGCUGCAGCGACUCUAUCGCCUCGGCAAGGAGCCCCGCGACCAGCUUACCGUCAUGUACCUGAUCCGUAACCCAGACAUGCACAAUAUCCUGGCCACUUUGGCAGCAGUCAACAAACACGAGUGGGAGAUUCUGGUAUCAGGCCGCUUUGACGGCUUCCUCUGGUCUGGUGCAGAAGAUCUGAUGCCUGGCCAGAUCCCCCCAACCGACGGACCACAACGAUUCGCAUCACCAAGUCCUGGCCAGCCAUUCCAGACCUUCAGCCCAGGGCCGCAAUCUCGCCCUGGUUCGGUGCGUCCAGGAUCUGUGCGUCCAGGGUCCGUACGUCCGGGAGGUGGCGGUCCCGCGCCAGUGCAAGUUGAUGAGGAGACCGAAGUCGCUGUACUUGCUGAGAUCGAGCGUGAAAUCUACCUUGGAAUGGAGGCCAUGGAAGACGCAUUCGAGCACCUACACAAUCAGGCCGAACAGGUACGCCGACGCCUGCGUGAGCGUGCUGCUGCGUUGUCAAUGGUGGCACAGCAACGGCGAGGUUCGGGGAUGGACGAUAUUGAAGUCAGAAUGAACACACCUGCCGGUUUUAGGGAACAGGACGAGAGUCUGGAUGACCUCCGAAGCGAGAUCGGACCUGACGAUUCCGCCAGCAACGUCAGCCACAACAGGAGGAGGAAGGCGCACAGAGCGCGUGAGCGGAGGACACCGGCGCCGGUCGAGGAAGAGAGCGAGGGAGAGAGCACGCUGGCGGAGAGGAUUCGCAGACGAUACUGA